UUGUAAGAGGUGACUAUCUCUUGUUUCAAACGGUACACUCUCUCCGUGCCCAAACUCAGCCAUGCACCUCAGUGCGCACGAGUCUUGCCAUUCCCUCUUCUUGUUCUGCAUCCUCCUGAGGAGUUGCCAAGCCUUCAAGAACGAUGCAACGGAGCUCUUGUUCUCACAUGUGAGCGCCUCGGUACCGGAGGUCCAAAGUAACGUCUCCCUGAAUCGCCCUCGGACCGGCGGAAGAGGAGCGGGCAGCGCGGCGCACGACAGAAGCGAGCGAAGUCAGAUCGGAUGCCGAGAACUGAGGUCCACUAAGUACAUCUCUGAUGGCCACUGCACCAGCAUCAACCCCAUCAAGGAGCUAGUGUGUGCAGGCGAGUGUCUCCCAGCUCAGAUGCUUGAAAACUGGAUUGGUGGAACCCACGGCAGAAGGUUCUGGAGUCGCCGGAGCAGCAACCAGGACUGGCGGUGCGUCAAUGACAAGGCCCGCACCCAGCGCAUCCAGCUGCAGUGCCAAGAUGGCAGCACAAGAACUUACAAGAUUACAGUGGUCACCUCCUGCAAGUGCAAGAGGUACUCGAGGCAGCACAAUGAAUCCGGAAACAAGUUUGAUGAGUCGGGUCCGACGGCACCACGGCUCCUGCACAAACACAAGUCCAAGACCAAGAGAAGGUUGGGGAAGAACCGGCAGAGCGAAAACUGGCACGAGACUGAACCCUGAAAUACACUGGACAUGCAGACUGACUCUAAACUUGGAGGAGUUUUGUCUCAGUGAUGUUAGGACACGACAUCCAGAGACUGCAGUUGUGGAUUAUAUGUGUGUGAUUGGGACUUGAUUUAUGUGAAGCUGGUUCCUCACCAUCAUGAAGAACUCCAAGCAGCACACAGAGGACUUUUCUUGAUAUCUUAUUCCAUGUGGCUAAAGCUAAUAUGACAGGACUUGUCUGCAUAAUGUUCUGCAGCUACAAGCCACAGACACAUUGUCCUAACUCUAGCCCUGUGCAUGUGUUCAUAUAGUCAUUUUAUAUGCAGAUGAAGAUCUGUAUCUAAUGAGGCGCCAACACCAGUAAACACUACCCAACAUCUCAAAAGAAUUUUGUGUAAAUACAUGUACAUAUAUUAAAUUUGUACUUUUGAAGUGUGUCCAUUUGUAUAAAAUUUUACCAUGUAAGAUUUAUGAUGUAAUAUAUUUUCUUUGGCAGCGUACUUGAUAAAUGUAGCUUAAGUGCAGUCGGCAUGUGGGUGAACUCUCCUGAAAAGCUUUGUCAU